AUGUCUCAGUCACACGACUCCCAGGCUCGAGAUAUUACGCAGCAAAAUAUACGCCGCAAAUUGGAGGCCGAGCAGCAAUGGAAAGGGUUUGCGGAAGAAAUCAGGGCGGGAAAACGGAAGGCUUUCCUCGAUCAUCUUGAAGAGCGUGAACUUGUGAAUCAGGUUGUCGGGGGAAGAGAACUCCUCGAUAAAGUCUUCACGGAUAAGAGAACGGGUCUAUACACCGGUGUGGACCCGACAGCACCGUCUCUACAUGUUGGACAUAUGCUUCCGAUUAUGGUUCUGGCGUGGGCCUUCAAUUGGGGUUAUCCCGUUCACUUUAUAUUAGGAGGCGCGACUGCAAGAUUCGGUGAUCCUACAGGCAGACUUGGGCCCCGAGCCACUGAACAUCGAAGUGUCCGGGUGGCGAACAUGGCCGCCAUGCACAUGCAACUGAAAAGAAUCAGCGCCAGUAUUGAGGAUUAUGGUCGACGUUAUGGCUACGUAAAGGAAUGGGCGUGGAAACGAGCUCUCACGAACAAUAAUGUCUGGUGGAACAAGACGCCUUUCGUGGAAGUGCUGCGAGAUUUGGGUAUGCACAUGAGACUAGGUCCUAUGUUAGGACGAGACACGGUCAAAACUCGCUUGGAGGGUAGCGGCAUGUCUUUUGCGGAAUUCUCCUAUCCUCUUAUGCAGGCAUGGGAUUGGUGGGAGUUGUUCAAAAAAGGUGUUCAGGUUCAGGUCGGUGGCGCCGAUCAAUUUGGCAAUAUUCUCUUUGGCAUGGACGCCGUGAAACAUGUGGCCAAGAAUACCGCUAUAGAAAUUGACCGAAGGCCAGUCGAAGACGAUGUGGACAAGCCAGUUGGACUUACCACACCACUUUUGACUACUUCUUCGGGUGAGAAGAUCGGAAAAUCAGCUGGCAAUGCAGUGUGGCUAGACAAGGAUAUGACUUCAACGUUCGAGCUCUACCAGUACUUUGUACGAACACCUGAUGAUGUAGUGGAAAAAUACCUCAAGAUGUUUACUUUCUUGCCUCUCGAGAAAAUUGCCGAGAUCAUGGCAGAGUCGACCCAAGAUCCUUCGAAGAGAAUUGCACAGCAUGCACUCGCCAAGGAGUUCGUUGACAUUGUCCACGGCCCGAUAGAGGCGGAGGCCGCAGCGACUCAGCACCGACAACUCUUUCGACCUCGUUCAUCCACCUCGGAACCAACCCCACCACCAACACAACCUCCCAAUAUACCUGCAAACCUGGCCAGUAACCCUACAUAUAGCUUUAUGAACAGGGGAGCAGGAAACCCAUAUGCCAAGCCAUUGAACUAUAAGAACAUGGAAAGCAACCGUGUUUUACUUCCUCGGUCCCUUGCGCUCGAACAGCCUCUGGCCAAAGUUCUCUACAAUGCUGGCCUGGUCUCGUCUAAUAGUGAGGGCCACCGUCUUAUUGUUGGCAAGGGAGUGUCCAUUGGUAGCCGACCUGGAGACUCGGGGGAGAUGUCAGACGCAUUGAGUUUCACCCCUAUCAAGACCUGGGUUCCAGGAAAGAACUCCGAUUUCUUGAUUGAUAACAAUCUUCUGAUUGUCAAGAUCGGAAAGUGGAAGCUCAAGCUGAUUGAGCUUAUUGACGACGAAGAGUUUGAGAAGCGGGGCUUGGACGUUCCAGGGUGGGCAGAGUUCAAGGAGAAAAAGGCUGCAGGCGAGAUAAACAUCCAUAACACGAUGAAGGAAAUGCCGGAGACCCCUUUCAAACUGAGGAAGUUCCAUAACAAUAACCCUCCGGACAGAACUUCGAAAUAA